GAGGGCGCGCGAUGUUGCUCCCCGCCGGGGUGCUUGGGGACGCGCUCGGCCGGGCCAAACUUUGAGACAACUUCUAUUUAAAGUCGCUUGCUCCCCGCCCCCCUCACGCCAGGAACCCGAGCCGCCGGCCGGGCCGGGCCGGGCAGAGGGCACGGCAGGCGCGGCGCGGGCGGCUCCGACUCCGACUCCGGCUCCGGCCCGGCCCGGGAAGGCGCGAUGGCGACCAGCGACAGCACCUAUGCCGACGACGGCGUCCUCGGCUCCGACGGGGACGAGGAGGCGGCCCGCGAGCUGGCGAGCGAGGAGGAAGAGGAGCUGGAAGACGAGGAGGACGGGACGGCGGCGGAGUCGGACGAGGAGCCGGGCGCCAGCUUAUCAGACGAGGAUGAAGAGGGAACCACCAGGCAGGACUGCAUCAUCUCUGACCCCUCCUUUUCCAUGGUGGCGGUUCAACGGGAGGACAGUGGGAUCACCUGGGAGACCCACUCGAGUGGAUCUUCCACUCCCUGGGCCUCAGAAGAGAGUCAGACUUCCGGUGUGUACAGUCCAGAAGGGUCAACCGUGAGUUCUCCUCCAGGGAAUGUCUCCUUUGCUGUGGGAGAAGUUAAAAAGGGUCGGAAAAGGGCACACAGGUCAAAGCCUGGCUCACCAUCACUGCGUCGGAAGGGCACCAGAAGAAAGAGUUCGGCUGACUCCCAAGCUGUUCCCACCACCAACAAAGACAGCCCUUUAAUUGCAGGAAGCCUAAGCGCUAAGAAAGAGCAGUCGUCUGCCGGCCUUUCCGACAGAACGAGGAAGAAGACCACCUCCAACACGCCCCCCAUCACCGGGGCCAUAUACAAGGAGCAUAAGCCGCUGGUGCUCAGGCCUGUCUACAUUGGAACAGUGCAGUACAAGAUCAAGAUGUUCAAUUCAGUGAAGGAAGAGCUGAUCCCACUGCAGUUUUAUGGGACGCUGCCGAAGGGUUAUGUCAUUAAAGAAAUACAUUACAGGAAAGGAAAGGAGGCCUCCAUUAGUCUGGAGCCAGACAUGGGCAAUCGUGAGGCUGGUAGGGUUUCCCAUGUGGACAAAGUGGCAGCCCGGAGCCUGGAGGACAGCAUGAAGGAGUGUUCUCCCCCCUGGAGGAAUGCACUUCCCAAAGGGCGUCCAGCCCUGUCCUCACUGACCAGUCCCGAGGACCAAAAGGAAAGGUUUGUGGAUGCCCCGUUAAGGACCACCUCAGAAGCUGUGCACACAGGAAGUGGGGAGACGCAGCUCAGGGCCUUGCCAUCUGUGUCACAGCAGCUGGGCCAGGAGGCCAAAGCCGCCGCAAUGGGGCCUUCCUCUCCUGCCCGUCAUUUACCCAUGUUCCUGGAACCCGCCAGGGAAGAGCUUGAGCCUGGUUCACCAGCAAUGGCAGCUUCAGGGAAGGACUCCAAGGCUGGGAGCUCGCCAGUGGAGGAGGGGAGGAAGGAGGAGGUGGAAGAUGGUGCCCUGGAGGCGGGGCCACCGGGCUUGACAGAGUUUCCGCAGGAAGCCAUGGGCUCUGAUGAAGAGGAGCCGGACCUGGCCUCACCGGAACCGGCAGCAUUGGAGUCUGAACCAUGGACCCCUCCUCAUGCCGGGGUCAGAGGAGAGCCUGAGGGUCGCCCUCCUGAGCCCCCCGCGGUGGAGGAAGCAGAGGAGAAAGAACCAGAACCUUCGCUACUCCUAGGUGCUUCGCCCGAGCCCGAGCCGGAGCCCGAGGACUUGGAUUUGGCGGCGGAGGAGGUGAUCGAGCUGCAGUACCCCGACAGCCCGCUGCCCUCUGAACAGACCUUCCCGGCCCGGCGGCCGGCUGAGCUGGAGCCGGAGGACGAGGAGACCUGGCUGCCCGCGCCGGCUGCGUGGACGCGGGACCGCGUGGCCCUGGCUGAGGAAGAACGAGAGGAACGCGAGUCGGUGUCCACAGAUUCUGCUUUCGUGUCCGAGUUCUCGGUGCCGCGGGGUUCACAACGUGGGCCGCAGGAGAAGGAGGAGGAGGAGGAGGAGGAGGAGGAGGAGGAGGAGGAGGAGGUUUCUUCUCCUCUAGCUGACUCCGAACCCGCGGUCUGGUCGGAAGAAGAGAGCGAGGCUCCGGGGUGGCAGUCCCCGCUGGCCUCAACCAUGUCCCCGGGCCUCUCGGCUGACGAGGGCGCCAAAAGCGGGUCGGAGUCCGAGGCCGCCUGGGACGGCUCAGAGUCCCCGAGGAAAGCUCCCGAGCCCAGGGCGCCACUCAGAUGCAAGCACGCUCCUGAGCCCCUGGCCAUGCCAGGACAGCAGGGCACUGCAGCCCACUCCCCAGCCCCGGCCUCCCAGAGGACCCCUGAGCUCUCCACACCGCCUUUGGCUGCCUCAGAACUGCCGGUCACCUCAGGAGCGGGUAGAGGAAGUAAGCCUUCCACGCAGGAUGCAAAACUCGACCCCAAGUGUGCCAGCACCCCACAGGAGUCCUCAAAGGAAGUAACUGAUGAGGUGCCCCAACUCACAACAAAAGGUGUUUCUGAGCACUUGAUCCUGUCCGAAGAGAAGGCAGAUGCUGGCCCGGAUGUGGCCUCAGUGCCUGGGCACUCGCUGGCACCAGGCACUCCCGGGAUGUCCCCUGAGGGCUGCGCCCCGCUGCCCCCCACUGCCACCUUGGAGCUCCCAGUCCCACCAGGAGAGGGCCCAGCCAAUGAGCCUUUCACCCCGGCUUCCAAACUGGCCUCCAGAUAUGUGGUUCCACCCAACACCACACAGGAAUCCCCAAAGGAAAUAAUUGACAAGGGAUCAGAAGAUGUUUCUGAGUGUGUGAUAUCAACGGAGGAAAAGGAAGUUGCUAGACCUCAACCCCCAGAUUCAAAGCUCAUUUUCAAACACGCAGUUCCACCAGAUGCCGCCCAAGAAUCUCAAAAGCAAGUAAUGCAGGACAUGCCACAACGCAGGUCGGAAGAUGUUUCUGAGCAAACAAUCCCGUCAGAAGAAGACACCAAGCCGCAUCCCCCGGAUUCAAAAUUCGUUUUCCAACACACAGCUCCACUUACUGCCACGCAGGAAUCCCCAAGGGAAAUCACCGAUGAGAAGCCACAACUCGGAUCAAAAGGUGUUUCUGCACACGCAAUCCUGUCAGAAAAAAAGAAUGAAGACGUCGGACCAGUUGUGGCCACCGUGUCCGAACACCCUCUGCCCCAACACACCCCAGAAACGGUCACUGAGUGUCAGGCCCCAGCGGAAGCGGUGCCGGAGGAGCCGGAGCAGUACAUACCAUCUUCCGUGUCAACAUCAAAAUUUUCUGCACCUCCAGAGUUGCUGGAGGAGGAAAUUGUUUGCAGUUCCCCUGUGAACCUAAAAGGGGCCUCAUCUGCCAAGAGUUUCUCAGAGCAGGAGAGGGAAGACAUUGGACCUUUCUCUCCAGACUCGGCAUUUGUUUCAGAAUUCUCGUUUCCACCUUCUGCGGCUCAGGGCUCAGAGAGAAGAGACCUGGAGUGCGAUUCGCCGGUGUAUUUAACCUCCCCCUCUGAUCACACGGUGUUCUCGGAUGAAGACACUGAAGACACCGAGCUCUUUUCUCCAGACUCAGCCUCACAGGUGUCAGUCCCACCCUACAGAAGCCCCGAAACAGAGAAUGAAAUUGAGCUGGACCGCCUAAUCACUGGCCUGCAUGCUUCCAGUUAUCCCUGCUCUCCGGGAGCAGACCAAGAAGAUGGUGGGUCAGCUGCUACCACCCCCGUGCCGGAGCACUUUGAUUCGUCACCGGAGCAAGACGUACCAAGCGUGGCGAGUCCACCACCUUCACCAACACAGGAGGAAGAAGUAGAAAUUAAGCCAGAUGCCCAAAUCACCUCAACAUCUGUAUCUGAAUAUCUCAUCAGGAUGCAGCAGCAGGCUUUCCUAGAGCCUGAGUCUGCAGAGUUGAGCAAUGAGACCAAGAAGGGAGACAUCAAGAUGGGCGGGUCAGGAGCCACUCCACCACCUUUGUUAGCUGCACAGUCAUCCGUGGCGAAGGAGGAGAACCGACCCGUGUUGCCCGCUUCCCAGCGUUCACUUUCACCAGCUUCAGUGCACGCCUUGGAGAAAGAACAGGAACCCAAAGCGUCAGACACUUUAGAAGCUGCAGAUGAACAGAUGGCAUUGCCAAAAGUCAGAGAGAGAGAAACUGUGCCUCAUUCUCAAGAAGCAACAGCACAGGUGUCACAGGCUCAGGAGACAGAGCCUCAGCCUGCACAUGUUCCCAGGGCUGAGACGGAGCUGUCAGCUCUGCCUGGCUUGGUAGAGGAGCCAGAGACGGAAGUCAAAACCGAUUUAGCUGCAAGUGCAGCUUCUGAACCCGGGCGGAGGGUGUUGUCGAAGGAUGAGUCGGAAGCAGCGAAACCUCAUUCAUCCCUGAAAGAGACAUUUUCACCUGGACCUGAGAUUUCAUUAGGCGUGAAAAAGGAGGUGAAAUAUGACUCUAAAACCGUGAAGACACCCAGCGCCCCUUCCACUGCUUCCCCAGCAGCAAGGGAAGUUGAGAAGGAUCUGCUUUCAUCAGAAGAAAAUUCAGCCCUCACAGUCCUGACCACCAUGCAGAGGAUCCUGGAGACAUCCGCAGCCCAGGGAGACGUCCUGUUAGAAAAGCAUGACCUUGUUCAGGCAGCACUUUCUCUGGAGCCUGAAAAGAAUGUAAGGCCACAGAAACUACCAGAAUUGCCAGAGGCCAUGCCUGUUGGCACCGAAGGUGUAGACAGUAGCUCUGUAGGAAUAAAACAAGCAGGGGUCUCUGUAUUAGAAAAGAGCCAAGGCAAGCCAAGGGACAGAGAAGGGGAAACCAUGAAGCGCCCUGUAUCUACCAGGGAACCAUCAAAGACCGUGUCCAACCUUCAAAUGCAACAGGAGCAGUUGGAAAAAGCACAUGCUUUGGAUCAAGCCAUCGAAUCACCCGCUGUAAGCAGCUCUUUUGCAGAUGAGCAAGAUUUGGGUAUUAAACAACUUCCACUUUUGAAAGAGAACCUGCCUCUGGAACAAUCAAAAUCCAUGAAGGCAGCCGAAUCUGCAGAUGUCCAAGAGGUACUCAUUUCUCCCAAGGAUAAGAAGUGGACACCGGCAAAGCCAGAAAACGUGGCCAGCGAACAGGAGGAAAGAAGGCUGGGACCUGUGCAGCUGGAAUCUGCUGGGAGCAGGGACCGCAUGACAGGACAGCUCCAGAGUGAGGAAACCUGGUUAGCCAAAGCUUGCUCUCUUGAGGAACGACAGCUGGCCCAAGAACCAACACCUCCAGUUCUGGCUGGAAAUGUGGAGACGAGCUUGGUAGAGGAGAGGCAGCCCCGUUCUGUGGUGGGAAGGGAGGGUCUGACAUCACAGAAGGCAGACACAGAGCUCCCCAGGCCUCGUGAAGAGCACUUCCAGGAAGAAACCGAACUAUAUCCUGCAGGAACCCUCCAGAAAGCACCAGAGUCUGGUCUGUUCACUGAGGAAGGGAAGUCAGAGGCUAGCCAGUCUCCUGCCCAAGCCGCCCCUGAGCUUGCUAAUGGCUAUGAACAGGAAUCUCACAGAUUACCUGCCGAGAAGCCAUUAGGAGACACAGGAGGGGUCCCGCCAAAGGUUAUAGCUGAUGCUAGUGAGGGAAAGACAGCUGCUCCUGCCAUGAAAACUCUCCAGCAAGGGCCAGCCCUCUCCCCGAUCCCGGCCAAGGAAGAACCUCAACCUCCAGAUGUACCAGAAGCGGCCCAGAAGCUGUGUGCCCAGCCAAAGGCCGCAGAGCCAGCUGCUCCCGAGGAAAAGGCAAGGAAAGGGAUUUCCUCUUUGAAGUCCUGGAUGUCCAGUUUGCUCUUUGGAUCAAGCACUCCAGAUAACAAAGUUGCCAAAAAAGAUGUGGAACCUCCGCCAAGUCCCCCUGCCACAAGUGUGGGGACCCUGAGUGUGCUGGAAGGUGAGAGUCCCACUGCAGCCCGGAGGCCAGGGACGAGACCUGUAGCUGCUGCGGUUGCACCUGCUGAAGGUCAAGACCUUAAAGAAACAUUACUGGUCUCUUCAAAACUGGAGGCUUUAGAACAGGCACAGUCCAGCUCUGAGGCAUCCAGAGAAGAUCAUGAGAGGGAAGGAGCUGUCCCCUGCUUAAGGGAGGUGGACAGAAACUCAGCAGCUCCUUCUGCUGGUGGCAGGGACCUUGUGGGAAGUCAACCCCCUACUACCACAUGUGGAAAAUUGGCCAUUGUGACUGAUGGUAAAAGAUACCAGAAGCCAGCCAUUUCUCCUCCCUCUGAGUGGACUGUUUCUCUUCAGGAGGAACCAAGAAGUGAUCAGAAAGAAAAAUCACUCUUUUCAUUUGGCAUUGCCGAUAAGACGCCACAGCAACCCAAACCAGCUUUAUCCGACUUCACAAGCAGGAGUGUCAUGGAGCAAUCAAAGAAGCCAGAGUUGAUCAUUUUGCAAGGAGAAGAGCCAAAAGGCAUCGUAGCUGCUGUUGAAGAAGACAGGCUAAAGAGAGACCAGCCAGAAUCCAUUUCUUCAAGAAAUUCUGAGCAGGAAACAAAACUCAGAUCUGCCAGCCCCGCAGAGGAGAAGGAUAACUCAGAGACCACAUCCUACGUGUUGGCUGAAGAGCAGGUGCUGGCAGAAAGACAGGAAAUGAAGGCCCCAUUAGAGUUCAGAGAAGACAAGGAGAUAGGAAGGGCACAUAUCAUGUACAAACUGGAAGAAUCCAAGACAGCCACACCGCUGCAACUUAUCAGUCAACGUGGCGACCACAAGGAAAGCUCUAGAAUUGUUCUUGAUUCUGAGCAAGAGAAGGAAGAGGUAAAAGAGAAGCAGUUGCUUGUGUUUUCAGAAGAGAAGAAGCAGCAGGAAGGGGCUGUGUCUGUGCCUGAAGAAUCAGAUGUCACUUUAGUACGUUCUUUGGGUGAAACGGAAUCUUUCUCCUUAGUUAAAAUGACAUCAGUGAUUGAAAAACCAGAAAGCAUCGUUUCAGAGAUUCACCCUGAAAUCAGGGAAGCAGAGGUGGGAGGAGCCCCGCCACAGGCGUUACAAGACAGAGUUUCAGUGGAGAAAGACAGAAGUUUCCAUCCAGAGGAUCUUCCAUGCCAUGACAAAAUGGAUAAGCAUUCUUUGCCUCCAGAAGGAGACUUGGCGUUUGAAAAAUCACACAGGGGUGUAUUAAGCAUCCCCAGUGAGGAGAAGGGACUCGUGCCGGUGUUGGAGCCGGCUGAGCCUGGAGCUCCAGCAGAAGACUCUGGAGGAACUUUAGAUGACCUUCCUGAGGAAACAAAGAACUUAGAGACACCACCACGUUUGCCGUCACCUCCGAAACCUCCAACUCGGGCCUCAAAAGAGCUUGCAGCGGUGAAUGCAGAGAAAAACCAGAAAGUGCCACAGCCAGACUGGACCCCAGAACACCACACAGUCCAUACUGUGCAGACACCUAGAGCCAGCGCCUCUGCUGUGCCCAUCCAAUCCAUUCUUGUCUCAAGGCAGCACGUGGCAGCCGCAGCAGAUGCCCACGCAAGUGACCUGUUGUCCCCAGCAAGAAGCAACUAUGCUGAAUUUAUAGCCAGUGCGUCGGCACCUGGUGCUGAUAAAAUGGCUCCUACUAAAGAAACGCCCAAGAAGGCCAAAGACGAGGCGCUCACGAUGACCAGUAAGCCAGCCGGACUUUCGGAAGAUCAGAAGAGCGCCUUCAGCAUUAUCUCAGAGGGCUGUGAGAUACUGAACAUUCACGCCCCUGCCUUUAUUCCCUCCGUUGAUCAGGAAGAAAGUGAACACAUGCAAGAUAAGUUAGAAUAUUUGGUUGAGAAUGUCUCUAUUAAAACCGUGGCAUGCCAUGAGGGUCAUGAGGCAGCUGCUGUCCAUGAAGUACCAAGGCGCAACCUAGCAGAUGCUGCCGGGAAAGUCACAUCUCUCAAAGAAAAUGAACAGCCACAACAUCGCGAAACGCAGGAGGAGCCAUGCCAAGAAGCUGGUGCUGUAGUUUUUGCUCCGCCCACAAUUCCCAGUGAAGAGGAUUACUUUGAAAAAUAUACUCUGAUUGAUUAUAACAUCUCACCAGACCCCGAAAGGCAGCAACCUCCACGAAAGUUAAGAAGUGUUGAAGAGGAACUCUCAAAGGAAGUAACUGAACAAACAAUGGGAGAAGAAACGGUCCUGGAACAGGAAUAUGACUUGGUGCAACUAGAUGAAAGCUUUUAUGGACUGGAAAAGGACCACAGCAAAUUAUCUCACCCAGAGACCCAGCAGUCUUUGCUUGUCCAGCCUGGGGAAGAUGUCUCACAGGCAGACCACAGAGGCACCAACUCCAAGGCACCCGGGAUGCCUUUAUUUGACAAAGAGGAGGGGGUUCUGUCGAGAACCCAGAUAUUUCCUACCAGCAUCAAAGCUGUCAACCCCGAGCUUCUGGAGCAACCUCCUGCACUUGCGUUUUUAUAUAAGGAUCUCUAUGACGAGGCAGUCGGAGAGAGAAAGCAGGAAGAGGAGACGGCGUCUGAAGGUGACAGCGUGAAUUCGGAGGCUUCGUUUCCAAGCAGGAAAUCUGACAUUGACGAUGGAACAGGAAUGUAUUUCGAGAAGUACAUCCUCAAAGAUGACAUUCUGCAUGACACUUCUGCACCUCAGAAGGACCAAGGCCAAGGGCUGGAAGACAAACCCACUGAGAAGGAUGAGUCAUACCAACUGAUAACUGCCAGCAGGGAGAUUUGGGGGAGGUUUGGAACUGUUUUGGGGAAGAAGAGUCUGGAAAAGGAGCAGAGAGCUGUGUAUGGGGAAGGAGAAGCAGAGGGCCGAGUGGAGACCCCCAGUGAUGCAGCAGUGCAGCUGAGAGAGGCUCCCGUCGUGGAAGAAGUCACAGCAGCUGCCCAGGAGAUGAGCUAUGCCGUUCCAUUUGUGGACACUCCCCAUGCCCUGGCAAGUCAGGGAAGUGAGGCAGCACCUGCAGGUCCAGAGGGUGGCCUGAACGUCCCCGUACAAGUGUCCUUCCCUGAGGAGGAGUCCGCAUCCGUCCUUACUCACAUUGAAGAGGCAGCACAAGAGGAACCUCAGAGGCCAGCCCUGCCUGAGCCAAGCCUGGGGAGGCUGCGCAAUAGCCCUGUGCAAGAUGAAUACCCAUUUGCUGAGCCACUUGACUAUGCCGGUGUUUCUUCAGGAGAACUGAGUUCAGAAGCCACGCCCAGAGAUGCUAUGGCAUCUGAAGGCCAGCAGUCCUUGGAGGGGGAGGUGGAACAGAGCUCAUCUGCCAAGCAAAAUGAACAGGGCAGAGAGAGGACUGCCCCAGACCACGUGUCCUCAGAGUCUGCGAUCGAGAAGGCAUCAAGGGAGCCAAAAAGGGCCCAGGUUGACAUGUAUUGCUACACCUGCAAGAGCCCGAUCUCAGCGCUUGACAAGAUGAAGGGCACCCACAAAGACCACGAGGUUUCCACGCUUGACACAGCCAUAAGCGCUGUGAAGGUUCAAUUAGCAGAAUUUCUGGAAAAUUUGCAAGAAAAGUCCUUGAGGAUUGAAGCCUUUGUUAGUGAGAUAGAAUCCUUCUUUAACACUGUGGAGGAAAACUGCAGUAAAAAUGAGAAGAGACUGGAGGAGCUGAAUGAGCAGAUGAUGAAGAAGGUUCUGGCACAGUAUGAUGCGAAGGCCCAGGGCUUCGAGGAGCUGAAGAGGAGGAAGAUGGAGUUCCUGCAUGACCAGAUGGUGCGCUUCCUGCAGAGCAUGGACUCAGCCAAGGACACCCUGGAGAGCAUCGUCAGGGAGGCCGAGGAGCUCGACGAAGCCGUGUUCCUGACCGAAAUCAAUGACAGGUUGCUCUCUGCCAUGGAGAACACCGCUUCUCUAGAGAACAUACCAGCUGAGUUCUCUCUCUUUGAACAUUACGAUGAUGGCCUCUCCAGAAGUGACCAAUCGUUGAAGCAGGUGGCUGUUCCACAGCCUCCUCGGCUAGAACCCCAGGAACCAAAUUCCGCCACCAGCACAACCAUCGCAGUCUACUGGAGCAGGAACAAGGAGGAUGUCAUCGACUCCUUCCAGGUUUACUGCGUGGAGGGACCGCAGGACGACCAGGAUGUCAAUGAGCUGGUGGAAGAAUACAGACUGACAGUGAAGGAAAGCUGCUGCAUUUUUGAAGACCUGGAGCCGGACCGGUGCUAUCAAGUGUGGGUCAUGGCUGUGAACUUCACCGGCUGCAGCCUGCCCAGCGAAAGGGCAGUUUUCAGAACUGCACCCUCCACCCCCAUGCUGCGUGCCCAGGACUGCACCGUGUGUUGGAACAUGGCCACCAUCCGGUGGCGACCUGCCAGCCCCGAGGCCACCGAGACCUACACUCUGGAGUACUGCAGACAGCACUGUGCCGAGGGCGAGGGCCUCCGGUCUUUCUCCGGGAUUAAAGGGCUCCAGCUGAGAGUUAACCUCCAGCCCAAUGAGAACUACUUUUUCUAUGUGAGAGCUGCCAAUGCCUUCGGGACGAGUGAGCAAAGCGAAGCCGCCCUGGUCUCCACCAGAGGAACCAGAUUUCUCCUGUUGAGAGAGACAGCUCAUCCGGCCCUGCAGAUUUCCUCGGACAGCACAGUGAUCAGCUUUGCGGAGAGGAGGCGGCUGACCGAAAUUCCAUCCGUGCUGGGCGAGGAGCUGCCUGCCUGCGGCCAGCAUUACUGGGAGGUCACAGUCACAGACUGCCCAGCCUAUCGGCUCGGCAUUUGCCUGGGCUCAGCCGUGCGGGCCGGGACCCUGGGCCAGGGGGACGCCUCGUGGUACAUGCACUGCUCAGAGCCAUACAGAUACAGAUUUUUCUACGGCGGCAUUGUGAGCGACGUGCACGUGACCGAGCAUCCGGCCAGGGUGGGCCUUCUGCUGGACUACAGCAACCAGAGGCUUGCGUUUGUCAACGCUGAAAGUGGUCAGGUGCUGUUCAUCGUGAGGCACAGGCUCACCGAGGGUGUCCACCCUGCCUUUGCCCUGGAGAAACCCGGCAGAUGCACCUUGCACUUGGGUGUGGAGCCCCCAGAUUCUGUAAGGCAUAAGUGACCCUCAGCUCUGCCAACG